AUUUCCUAGGUUAAAAUGCCAGACUGUGGAAGUCCGGGGGCCGGGUCUGGCUACCUCCUUUCGCCCAGUGGCAUCACUGGCACGUCGUCCUCCCAAGCUGCGUCUUCCCUUGCAGUCCCUCCGCUCUCGGCAGACGCCCCCUCUUCCCCUCCCGACCUGCUGGAAGCUUCUCCAUUCCACGACACACCCGUUUGUCCCGUCCCGAGCCUCCCCUCUGUCCUUUGAAGCCCUGCACCGUGUGGACGCCGAGCCUGGCCCGAUAUGGACAGGGAAACGCGCGUGUUCGCAGAGAGUCACUUCCGACGCCUCCGAGGGCGUCUCCCCAGCAGGGUCUGCCCUACCCCAGACCGUGUGGACUUUAUUGAGAAUCCAGACUCCUUUUCCUACGCGGACUUCUUCAAGGGUUACCUGCUCCCCAACUUGCCGUGUGUUUUCUCCAGCGCCUUCACCGAGGGCUGGGGCAGCAGGAAGCACUGGGUGACACCCAGUGGGAAACCUGACUUCGAUUAUCUGCUUCAAAAUUAUGGAGAUGUAGUUGUACCUGUUGCAAACUGCGGGGUCCAGGAAUACAACUCGAACCCUAAAGAACACAUGCCCCUCAGAGAUUACAUCAGCUACUGGAAAGAGUUCAUCCAGGGGCACUACUCUUCUCCACGGGGCCGUCUCUACCUUAAAGACUGGCACCUGUGCAGGGACUCCUCUGCAGAGGGCAUAUUCACCCUGCCUGUGUACUUCUCCUCUGACUGGCUCAACGAAUACUGGGACACCCUGGAUGUGGACGACUACCGUUUCAUCUACAUGGGGCCCACUGGCACCUGGUCGCCAUUCCAUGCUGACAUUUUCCGCUCCUUCAGCUGGUCUGUCAAUAUCUGCGGGAGGAAAAAGUGGUUCCUCUUCCCACCAGGGCAAGAAGAAGCCCUACGGGACUGCCAUGGUGGCUUGCCCUACGACGUGACCGCCCCUGCAUUCCUGGAGAGCCGCCCACACCCAGGGCUCAACCACUGCAGCCCCCCACUGGAGGUCAUGCAGGAGGCAGGCGAGAUGGUGUUCGUGCCCAGCGGGUGGCACCACCAAGUCCACAACAUGGAGGACACUAUCUCCAUCAACCAUAACUGGGUCAAUGGCUGUAACCUGGCCAACAUGUGGCAUUUCCUGCAGCAGGAGCUCCGUGCUGUGCAACGGGAGGUCGGCGAGUGGAGGGACACCAUGCCUGACUGGCACCACCACUGCCAGGUCAUCAUGAGGUCCUGCUCUGGGAUCAAUUUCAAAGAAUUUUACCACUUCCUCAAGGUCAUUGCUGAAAGGAGGCUCCUCUUAGCAAAGGAGAUAGGCCCUGGUGAAGUGGAAUAUGGUGAGGGCUCUGGGCUGGGCCCCCAGCAGACCAUUUUUGACAUCAGCCGGAUUGCUGAGGUGCUGGCGUCUGUGGUAGUCAACCCCGACUUCCAGAGAGUGGACACCAGCAUGCUCUCUCCGCAGCCAGAGGAUCUCCUGCAGCAGCUAGAGGAAGUCAUGGCCAGCAUGGAGUCUCUUUAGUGUGUGCUGUGAGGGUGACAGGACAUGUCCGGACAGGACCCUUCAGGCACUACCAUGGGAAGCUGUUGCCCUGCUCUAGGGUCCCUUCCAGAAGAAAUAAAGCUGCAUCCUCCCA